AUGUCAUCUCUAUUCGUCGAUCGUCUUCUAUUAAGUUUUAAUAAUGUUAAACAUCGACUUGAAACUCUUUCGAAUCUCUGCCAUACUUAUCGAAAUGCAUCACCUGUUGGUGAUGAUAAUUUAGACGAGUCAGAUCGAUUUAAUGGACCAUAUCUCUCAGAUAUUGAAGAACUUGAAAAGUCCAUUGAACAGAUAUCAGUAUUAAUUGAAAAUCUUCAACAAGAACAAAAUUCCACUGCUGAUUGUCGAGAGUUUUUAAAUUAUCCUCUAUGUAAAAAUGGUUGGACAUUAAAAGAUAUCGAACAACUUGAAGAAGAACAAUAUUUAAAUUUAGAUAUAUUAAAUCAAUUAAGUUUACAUACGAUCAAUGAAGAUGAUACUCAAUUCAAUGAACAAGAACAUAAUUAUGUCGAUACAAAUUCUUCUUUAACAUGUGAUACAAAUAAUAAUCUUCUUAAUCUUCCACCCGAACUUCUUCUUCAUAUAUGUUCAUUUAUUUCUCCUUUCGAACUUCUAACAAAUCUUGCACCUACUUGUCAGUAUUUUGCAAAUUUUAUUUUAACUCGUGUUUAUUCUCAUCUUGAUCUUUCGAAAAUAAUCUCUGUCUUUGACAUUACUCAUUUACUUUCUUAUUUAUCGUAUCUUCGAUCUAUAAAAUUUAUUGAUUGGGAAAAUGAUAUAAGUAUUCUUACAUGGGCUAUAUGGUUUGAAAGAAUAGCUAGAACAACUUCUGAUCUUUAUACAAUACGUUUUCAUAAUGUUCUUAUAUCUCCAAUAUUAAUUUGUCUUAUUAUUGAAUAUUUUCCUCAUUGUUUACAAACAAUUAUAUUUGAUUCUCAACAAAAUAAAACCUAUGAAAAAUUUGAUUUAGUUCUUGCAUUACUAGCUGAUAAUAAAAUUCAACUUAAAAAUAUUACUGCAUCCUAUCAAUUGGGAAUAACUAGUUUUGGUAUAUUCGAACUUGUUAGUAAUUUAAAUACAAUUGUUGAAUUAAAUUUACUUUAUAUUGAAGCAUUUGAUGAUGAGACAAUAAAAAUUUUGUGUGAUAAACACAAUAAACAUUUAGAAAUUCUUAGAAUUGAUGGUACACAAUUAUCAGAUAAAGCAUUAGAAUAUAUAAAUUAUUGUCGAAAAAUUAGAUCAAUUACAAUUGAAGUUUGUACAAAUAUGACUGGUUCAAAUUUUUCUAUAUUUCAAAAUUUUUGUAAUCUUAAAGAAUUAUGUUUAUCAAAAUUAACUAUUAUUCCACUUGAAUCAUUCCAAUUACUUUUUAAUAGAAAGCAUAUUUUUGAACAUUUGAUCGUACUCAAAUUAGACGAAUGUCAUUCAAUUGAUGAUAAUUGUAUUCAAGCAAUUAUUACUAUGUGUCCUCAUUUAAUUGAUUUGACUUGUUCAUGGGCAUAUAAUCUUACUGAUGAUAGUUUUAAUGUAAUUGUCAAGCAAUGUCGUUAUCUUCGUCGUUUAUCAUUAUUAGGUUGCCAUCAAAUCUUUGGUUUUAUAUUGAAGGAUGUACCUGAAAAAUAUUUUCAUACUAUUGAAUAUCUUAAUUUUGAACAAUGUAAUCAAAUUGAAGAUCAUAUAUUAUAUGAUUUAUAUAAGAGAAAAAAAUCAAUAUCGAUUUAUAAUUAUUAUGGAUUUUCUAUAGAAGAUGAUGAAUAA